UUGAGUUUCACAUCGGACACCAAAAGGCUUUUGUUGCUUUGCGCCAAAUGGAGGGUCCUUAGUUUCUCUCUCUUUCUCUCUCUAACCUUUAGCUUCUCUCCUGCUACUGCUGUUCAGAAUCAACGACUUCAAUCGCUACUGUUUUUUUCUGUUUAACCUCCUGAUCUGCAGAUUUAUUCAGUGUUCUGUUUUCUGCAGGUUUUAAGAUCGUGAGCUUUGUCAUUCUGGAAUUUUGAUGUCUCCACCACCACUUGAUGUCGGGGAGGGGGAGGAAUGUCGCAGCAAUGUCACUCUGCUGGCUUCCUCAAACUCUAUGGAGAGUGUCAGUCAAAACAAUUUGGGAUUUGAAGAGCGUAAUUACAUGGGCUUAUCUGAUUCUUCUUCAGAGGAGAGCUGUAUGACUGCCACAAAGUCUGAUGAGAACAAACCUUCGCUGAAUCUUAAGGCUACUGAAUUGAGGCUAGGCCUUCCUGGAUCUGAAUCCCCUGAGAGAGAUUCAGAUAUCAGUUUGCGUAACUCGUCUCAAUUAGAUGAGAAACCGCUAUUUCCUUUGCACCCAUCAAAUGAUGGUCUCUAUCCUUCACCACAUAAGGCUGUUGUCUCCGGCAACAAAAGAGGGUUUUCAGAUGCUAUGAACGAAUUCUCUGAGGGAAAAUAUCACUCUAACCUAGGUUUGAAACCUGGUUCUUUGCUGGAGAACCUUGGAAGUCAAAUGGGAAAAGUGAAAGAGGCAUCUACGCAAAAGGUUGUACAGGAGAGGCCUCAAGAAAAUAGUGAAACCAGGCCAUCUCAAAACGAGACUGCAAAUAACAAUACCAGCGCACCUGUUUCCAAGGCACAGGUUGUGGGUUGGCCACCCAUAAGAUCUUUCAGGAAGAACACAUUGGCUACAACUUCAAAGAACAAUGAUGAAGUUGAUGGGAAGGCAAUGCCUGGAACACUCUUUAUCAAAGUCAGCAUGGAUGGUGCUCCUUAUUUGAGGAAGGUAGAUCUGAGGAAUUACUCUGCAUACCAGGAGCUGUCUUCUGCCCUCGAGAAAAUGUUCAGCUGUUUUACCAUAGGUCAAUGUGGAGCUCAUGGAGCUCUGGGCGUGGAGAAAAUGAGUGAAAGCAAGCUGAAAGAUCUUCUUCAUGGCUCAGAAUAUGUUCUAACAUACGAAGAUAAAGAUGCUGACUGGAUGCUCGUUGGUGAUGUCCCAUGGGAGAUGUUCAUAGACUCUUGUAAGAGGCUGAGGAUUAUGAAGAGCUCAGAUGCAAUUGGACUGGCUCCUAGGGCGGUGGAGAAGUGCCGGAACAGGAAAUAGCUAAGCACUAUGCCAUGGUUGAUGCUGUCCAUCCAAAUGUUGGAAUAAGAUAGAUCUAAAACUAAAAAAACGUCAUAUAUGGCUCUGGAAGGUGGUUCGAAGAAUGAUGGAGUGUUGGAUGGGAUAGGUUCUUGUGUGCUUCCUUUGUUACAUUAUGUUUUUAUAAUUAUGUUUAUGUUACUUUGGUGAUGUCUAAGCAGUUUCCCUAGUUUGUGAAUUGAAGUACUUAAAAACUAUUUAAGAGCAAGUCUGCAGAUCUGUGGGCAAGUUCCUGUUCCUCAUUUGCAGGACUCUCAAAAAGUUUGUAAAGUUAUUGGUUAUCAAACUGUGUUGCUUGAAUGCUCUGUUGUAAACUUCCUUCUCUUUGACUUGA